AUGUUUGGGUGUACAAUGAAAAUGGGACUUGCUACUUCGAGCAUACCGAAAAAUGUGAUAACAGAACUCAUUAAUGAAGAUGACCUUAUAUCUGUCCUUGAAGACUCUAAAAUUACAAUUUCUAAUGAGAAUAAGGAGACGAAUAAUACUGAAAAAAUCAAUGAGGACAUAGACAUUGAUCAUAACCGAAGAAAAAAAAUUGAUAUUGAGAUCUACAAAAAUAAAGGGGUAGAUAUAGAAACAAAAAUAGAUAACGAUGAAAAAACAAUUUUAUCGAAGAAAGAUAAAAAUUAA